AUGGCCACCACAACAAACACCAAGCCCAUCUACAACCUUCCCGAUGAUGCAGUCUGGUUCAUCACCGGCUGCUCCUCGGGUGUAGGCCUCCGCCUCGCCCAGCUCAUCGCCGCCCACCCAACCCACAGGCUCGUCGCCACCGCCCGCAACGCAGCCCGCCUGGAGGGCCUGCUGCCGAUACACGCGAGGGUCCUCACCAUCGAGCUGGACGUGACCGACCCUGUCUCUAGCACCAACGCCAUGAGCACCGUGCUCUCCCAUCCGCACUUCGGGAGGGUCGACGUGUUGGUCAACAAUGCAGGCUGGGGUCUAUCAGGCGAUACCGAGACCUCCCUCGCCCUCGAUCGCCCAACCGCCGCCAGCUUCGACCCGUCCCUCCCCAUCGACAACGCCCACACCCAGGCCCGCCGCCUGCUCGAGACCAACUUCUGGGGCGCCGCUCAGCUGACCCUCCAUGCCAUGCGCAUCAUGCGUGAGACAAACGCCCUCCCCACUGCCGGCGGGCGCCAGGGUGGUCUGGUAAUCCAGGUCAGCACCAUGGGCGGCUUCAUGGGCUACGCCGGGCUGGCUUGGUACAACGCGUCCAAGUUUGCCCUCGAGGGCUUUACUGAGAGUGUGAGCCGUGAGGUUCGGCCCGAAUGGAACAUUCAUUUCACGAUUAUGGAGCCCGGCGGCAUUGAUACGCCUCUGAUGGGGUCGAACAUGCAGCAUUUGCCGCCUCACCCAGCUUACCAGGCCCCAGAUACCCCGGCUCGACUGUUGGCCGCCUAUGGCGAGGACCCCCAGGUGAUCAAGACCUUCUCCAAGCCCGAGGAUGUGGCCAAGGCAAUCUACGAACUCUCUUCACGAGGCAAGAGAAUACCUAUUCGCGUGCCCCUCGGCUCUGUCUCCUGGAAGGUAUUGAGAGGAGAGAUCGACUCCAUGGCAGGCGAGUUUGACGAGGUCAAGGAGUUAAGCAUUAGUGUCGACAGUGAUCUUCCCGACCGAGCGGAUGACGCAAAAAAGGUGCAGAAGUUUGCUGAAAACAUCAUAUUGUAA